AAUUAUUCUGAUCGUUUUGUUGUAAACCUGCGGCAUGGCGUCCAGGAAGACGUGUGUCAACGUAAAUUUUCAAUGAGAUUCAACGUGCUUUUCCUACGUACUUGAAAAUUUUUUCAUGUUGUGUCCAUAGCGACAAGUUGUCGCAACAGAGUUGAUUUGCAGAUUAGUUUCACAAUGAACAAACGGCGUAGGACGUCGUCGGUGGCUAGCCGGGGCACAGAGGAUGAUCCUGAAGAUGUUCAACCUGAACCAGCAAAAAGACGGAAAAAAUUAGAUCCUAGUGAUUUAUGUCAACAGUUGUAUGACAUACUUCGAAACCAGCGAAAAGAGGAUGGAAGUCUACUGUGCGAUGCGUUCAUUCGUGUGCCCAAACGACGACAAGAACCAGGUUACUAUGAAGUAGUAACAAACCCCAUUGACCUUUUAAAAGUUCAACAAAAAUUAAAGACAGACGAGUACCGGGACAUGGAUGAUCUAGCUGCUGAUAUUCAGCUGAUGGUCAAGAACGCAAAGGCCUUUUACAUGCGCACUUCACCCGAGUACAAAGAUGCUACUGAACUGUGGGAACUGUGUGUGAACACAAAAAAUCGUAUAAUGGAUGAAUACGAAGACACAGAACCUAAGGGAAAGAUCAUUCUAAAGGUGGGGAGACUGGCACGCAAAGCGGCAGCAAAACAAGAUGACGCGGAGGAUACAUCCGAGAGUUCAACAAAUCCCGACGAGGAAUCCCUACAGCCUUAUGAAGAUCUGUUCAUGGCCGUAAUGACAGCAACGGAUCCUAUGGAUAACAAUAGACCAUUACACACCAUGUUUCAGUUGAAACCAUCAAAGAAGUUGUAUCCAGAAUAUUAUGAUGUGAUCGAGACACCAGUGGAUCUGAAGACCAUCGCACGGAAGAUCCAGGAAGCGGCAUACAAUUGUCUUUCAGAUAUGGAAAGAGACUUAAUGUUAAUGUGCCGUAACGCGUGCCAGUUCAAUGAGCCAGGCUCACAGAUAUACAAGGAUGCCAAGCUCCUGAAGAAGAUAAUCGGAGCAGCAACUAGGAGGCAGGAUAUUGGAUCUGGUGGGAAUCUCAUGAAGACGGGAACUGGUGCACCGUCCACGAGGAGCAAAAGAGGAAGUAGGGGUAUGGCGCAGUCUCUGAUAGCGCAGACAGCUACGCUUCCGGAUGAGGACGAGGAGAGUGACGAUGAAGAGGACGAGCCGACCGAGUCAGAAGAAUCUGAUAAUCCCCAGUGGCAACUGUUCCAAACUAUUCGAACCGCUCCAAAUAAUCAAGGAAUCCGUAUGAGCGAGUACUUCUGGAAGUUGCCGUCAAGGCGGCUCUAUCCAGACUACUAUAAGAUGAUCAAGAAUCCAAUAUCACUUUUGCAGAUUCGCACAAAGAUAAAGAAGGGGGAAUACGGCACGGUUAGCGAAGUCGCUGGUGACAUGAAUAUAAUGUUUGAGAACGCAAAAAAGUACAACGUUCAUACUUCCAGAUUGUACAAGUGCGCAGCCAAGCUCCAAAAAAUAAUGCAGGAGAAGGUGCAGGAACUUUUAGAAUUUGAUCAGGAUUCAGACUCGGACAGUGGUUCGGAAAGUAAUUCGCAACAACCUAAAUUAAUAAAACGUGCGUCGAAUCUUUUGACUCGUGGGAAAUACAAAGACAACAUACCUCUGAAGAAGCGUUUGCACGCGCUGGUUAAGUGCGUCAUAGAAUACGUCUGUGAAGAUGGUCGACAACCAAUGUUAAUGUUCAUGGAGAAACCAUCGAAAAAGAUCUAUCCAGAUUAUUAUCAAGUGAUUGCCGAGCCAAUUGACAUGCUACAGAUAGAAGCAAACAUCAAGGCUGAAAAGUACCAAAGUGAAAAUGAACUGAUACAAGAUUUCAAAUUGAUGUUUAACAACUGUCGUCAGUACAACGAGGAAGGUUCGUUAAUUUACGAGGAUGCAAAUACUUUGGAAAGAGUUUUGAUGGACAAAGUGAAAGAGUUGGGUCCACUGCCGGAAAUAAUUAAGACAAUUAAAUCGACAGCAUCGACGCCUACAAGGAACGUUGGGAGACCGAAGAAAGUUGUACCUUUACAUUUACAAAAAUUGCGUACCCUCUAUGACACUCUCAAAGAUUGUCGUGAUGCCAAGGGUCGUCAGUUGUCCUUAAUAUUUAUGAAAUUACCAAAUAAAAAUGAGUAUCCCGAUUAUUAUGAGGUCAUAAAACAGCCAAUGAACAUGGAGAAAAUUGCCUCCACUUUAAAGAACAACGGAUAUGAAACUUUGGAUGAACUGGUGUCAGACUUUGUAUUGAUGUUUGAUAACGCCUGCAAAUACAACGAGCCCGAUUCACAAAUUUAUAAGGAUGCCCUAAUUUUGCAACGAUUGGUACUACAAACAAAGCUACAACUGAGCGAGGACGACGAGAGUGUUCCGGAUGUGGCAGCUGCCGUUCAGGAAAUACUUGCAACGAUAUUCACUGCCCUGUAUAAUCAUCAAGACGAGGAGGGUCGUUGUUACUCAGACUCCAUGGCAGAACUUCCGGAGCACGACAUAAUUGACGGCAAGAAAGUGCGAGGUCUAUCCUUGGAUCUGAUAAAACGAAGAUUGGACCGUGGAGCGUACAAAAGAUUAGAUCGUUUCCAAGAGGAUGUCUUCUCCUGCCUGGAAAGAGCACGCAGGUUGUCGCGAAGCGAUUCUCAGCCUUUCGAAGACAGCGUCGAGCUACAGGCGUUCUUUCUGCGUACUCGGGACGAGGUCACUCGUUGCGGUGACCUUCUGCACUCUCCCGCUCUCAACUACACUCUGCUUGAUUUGUCCAGUCAAGUUGUUGAGCUGAAGCGCAUAAAACUUCAGCAGGAGUUGUCGCUGCCGAACGAGGAGGAGAGUUGCGACGGCAACGACAGCGUUAAGGAGUCGGCGACAACACUUCUGACACCCGUUGCUCUACCAUCCGGAAGUACAACGACAGCGACUGCUCCAACAGCACUGAGUUCCGUAACGAUACCAACGACAGGAGCAACGGCAACUGGUGUAUCAGCUGCUGGCGGCAACGGUGUAGCUGCCGACGGUGGCAACUCGAUGAGCUUCAACCAGGAAGUUUAUAGAGCCGGGGACUUUGCUUACGUUGAGCCAUCGGAACGCGGCAUGGAACUGAGCGUCGUUCUCAUUGAGCGUCUUUGGACAAAUGCAGAAGGGCAAGAGAUGCUUUAUGGAAAUUUAUUCUAUAGACCUAGUGAAACGUAUCACGUGGCCUCUAGAAAGUUUCUCGACAAGGAACUCUUCAAGAGCGAUGCUCACGUUGCUGUGCCUCUGGGUAAAGUAGCUGGUCGUUGCUGCGUCCUGAGCGUCAAGGACUACUUUAGAAUGCAGCCCGAAGGAUUUCCCGAGAAGGAUGUCUACGUCUGCGAGUCCCGAUACUCGACGAAGGCUAGAGCCUUCAAAAAAAUAAAAGUUUGGAACUUCGAUCCGGAUCAUCUGAAGCUGGUGCCAAGAGAACGAGCCUUGGAACCAAAACGUGUAAUUUCGGUUUACAAGGAGCGACUCGAGAAGCAUAAGGAAGAGAUUGCUGAGCUGGAGGAGGGUGAAAAACUCAUCGAAAAGGAGAGACCGAAUGUGAUAAUGUUCAAUCCGGACGACACCGAGAACACGUAUUACGAGCAGUACAACACGUGCACGGGAACCGUGAAAACCGGUGACUUUGUCUACGUCGCUACCGAUGGCGGAAGACAACAAAUUGCGCAGAUCGAUGCCAUCUGGUCGACGAAAGACGGAAAGUGUUACUUCAAGGGUCCCUGGUUAUUGACUCCUACGGAAAUUCCUCACGCACCCACCAAACUCUUCUACAAGCAGGAACUCUUCUUGUCCACGGUCGAUGGUACACAUCCGAUCGUCGCCAUUGUUGGAAAGUGUGCUGUAUUGGACUACGGUGAAUUUGUAUGCAGUCGUCCAACGGAAAUCCCGGAAGACGACGUAUUCAUAUGCGAGUCGACUUACGAUGAGAGCAAAAAUUUGAUAAGGAAGCUCAGUGCGGAUGGCUUGAAGAAAUUUAAUCAUACCUCGGCAGUUACGGACGACGAGAUUUACUUUUUCCGUCGGCCCAUCAAUCCGGCAAAGGUGCCUAGCGACGUCGCACAGACGCCAUCCCAAGCCAAGUCGGUUGUAUCUACUAUGGCUCACUUUGAAAUGGAGGCAUCGCCGUUGCUACCGAAGCUGGAGCCAGAUGUGCUCGGGAUGGGAGUGGGAUUGGGAGUGGGAGUGGGAGUGGGUGAGGACAGCAUGGAUGGCGGUGGACCACCGUCCGUCGGAUCCAGCGAAGCUCAGCCGGUGCUCCAAUGCUCCAAUGCUCAGACACCUGUAUCGACAAAAAAGAAAUCGACGGGUAAGAAAUUAGUUACGGGCUAUAUUUUGUAUUCGAGUAAAAUGCGAACGCAGAUUACGCAAAACAAUCCUGAAUCGUCCUUCGGAGAGAUUAGCCGAAUUGUUGGCAAUGAGUGGCGGAAGUUGCCAGCUGGUGAGAAACAGGCGUGGGAGGAACGUGCAGUCAAGAUGAACGAAGAUGGUCCGAACGGUACUGGAGCUGGUGGUGGUGCUGGGGGUGGCGGAGCAGGUGGCGGUGGCGGCGCCGGAAGUGUCGCUGGUGGCGGUACCGGUGGCUUCUUCGGAACUGGAGGAACUGGUACUGGUGGUGGAGGCGUCGGUGGUGCCGGCGCUGGUGGCGGCGGCAACCAAUCGACGAAAGGAACAAGUGUUAAUGCUGCCAACUCUUCACCAGAUCAGGUCUACGAAUGUUGCUGGGACAAUUGUGACUGGCAAUUUGAGGACAUGACGGAUUGCAUCGAUCACUGUAUUGCUGAGCAAAGUGGACACGUGCAGAACUCUUUCUUAAACGCAUCCAGUGACGUGGAGUUUCAGUGCCAAUGGCGCGGAUGCGGAAGAACAAAGAAAACUGUACCUCCGUUUCCAAGUGUACAACGACUCGCAAGGCACGUCAAAGAGGUUCACAUUCUCAAAGGGAAUGGACGCAUUGUCCCCCCUUCUGAGAGAAGCAAAAAUUACAUGGCUUCGAAAGGUCCUACGAUACUACCCCCCAUGGAAGCUGAAACAAUAGCAACAGCAACACAAACCAGCGGUGUUCCAGCUACUAAACAACCGGAGCCGUUAUUUAUUGCUGUGCCGCCACGACCUAGUCGUGUCUUACAUUCAGAUGCAUAUUUACGGUAUAUCGAGGGACUGAACGUGGAUAAUCGCUACAUAUCAAAUUGGGAUAAACAAAUGAAUGCCACUGCAGAAAACACGCAAAUUCCGGAUCUGACAAAACUUCCAGCUGAGUGGCUGGGCAAUGGCGUCGGCAAUCAUGGCAACGUCGUGAAUGCCUUGUGGACUCUCAGGGACAUGAUGAUGCGCGAUGUGUUGGCCAUCAAUAAAACUUUAUAGUUUAUACAGAUAGAUAUAUAUAUAAAUAUCGUUAAGAGGUAGAACCGUUCGAUUACAUAGUCGAUGGUGCCUCAGGGAAGAUUGAUAGGCGAUCAGGUGAAAUUUUUAUUAGCGAUCUUUGAUAAUCUUUAUUGUAUCCCUCUACAUCCCGCGAGUCGGACAGUCAGACGAGUCUAAAAAAGAUACCUAUUCCUUUUUUUUUCUUUUAAAUCACGACGCCAAGAGUUGUCCGAUGCGGUGCUACUGAUUAUCCCCGAUUGAAAGAUUCAACGAGAUUGUUAUUUUGACUUGUACUUUGAAUAUGCAUUUGUAUCUUCGAAUGAAGGCGAUACGUCGAAUA